UGAAAUUCAGUUCAGAUUACAUUGGAAACCAGUACAGUAUUGACAUAUAAGGCUGAUCAAAAAUACAUAAGAAUCUUGGUCGAAGAUUUAAACAACUGUAUCUUCAACGCAACUUCCCAUAGUUGUCAAUCGAGGCAUCGUCAAAGAAUAGUCAUGGUAGCCAGUAAAAAAAUCUACGAUCACACCCCAGAGGAGACCACGAAUUCUAACAACGGACAUUCGUUGCUGUCCUUCAUGAAUUUGGCGUCGAAUAAAGUUAAAACGGCGUUGGAGAAACCGAAUACUUUUAAAAGAAACAUCAACCAUCGACGAUUUUUACAAAAACAGUUCAGAGCGAUGGUGAAAAGCCCGGAGAAAAAUCCUGGGAGAAGAUCGAUUGUACGUGAAAACAUCGACUCGGUGAAUUUCACUAUUCGCGACUGUAAUGGGCAGAGCUUCGCUCCCCCACUUAACCAUAACUUUGUACAAUUCGACGCGCUUGACACUUCCAUUCCAAAUUUGGCGUUUGAAACCCCGAAUUACUCGUAUGCGCCUUUUGCAAGGAGCGAGGGCUAUGACCAAGAACAGAGGCUGCAAAGGCAAAUGCAAUGUGAUGCUUUCGAAAGAGGACACGUUACAAAACAGAAUAGCUGUCUAUAUCAAAGCGACUGUUCUUCGUCCGUUCCAGAGCUGAUUGUCGAAGAGGAUUUUUUGACAGGCGAGGAACUGACGCAGGCGAUUGAACUCAAAGAUUUAUUUAUUCCCGAAACGGACCUGACGCAAUACCUGUUGAGCGGCAAAGAGAACCUUGGUGGCUUUUGUAAUUCUGACGCUAGCUUGGACAACUGCUUAUGCCACGGAUUGCAAGAAGAUAUUUUAGUAUUUUAA